AUGUCAGCACCAGCAGUCCCACCAACCGUUACACCUCCUUCCGAACCCUCGGCUAUGGGUGGCAGAGCUUCUAAAUCAUCUUUCGGAGCAGAGUCAACAAUGUCUCUCUUGGUAGAUUCACUCAAGGAUAGGUUACUUUUUGCUGUACCUAAAAAGGGUAGAUUGAUGGAGAAAACAUUGGAACUUUUAGCUGGUGCAGAUAUCAAAUACAAUAGAGCUCACAGAUUGGACGUCGCUUUGGUGCAAAAUCAUCCUAUCGCGCUCGUUUUCUUACCCGCAGCAGAUAUCCCACGAUUCGUAGCUCUCGGUUCGGUUGCGUUAGGAAUAACAGGACAAGACGUUAUUGCUGAAUCCACUCAUGCCGAACAAAUUACUGAAUUACUCUCUUUGGGCUUCGGUAAAUGUUCUUUACAAGUUCAAGUUCCAGUGACUGGACCCAUCCAAACCGUCGAAGGAUUAUCAGGUGGUAGAAUAGCUACUUCGUUCGAAGUUUUAGCGGCAGAAUUAUUCAAUGGAAAGGAAGGUGUAGAUUCGAAGACUGAUAAGAAAACAAGGGUAGAAUAUGUUGGUGGAUCAGUAGAAGCGGCAUGUGCACUUGGAAUGGCUGAUGGUAUCGUUGAUUUGGUCGAAUCCGGUGAUACAAUGCGAGCAGCAGGACUUCAUGCUAUUCACACAUUAAUGAAAUCUGAAGCUGUAUUGAUUACUUCCAAAACGCCUCACUCAACACUCACACCUGAAUUAUCAUCUUUAAUCCCAUUAAUCAAAUCACGAUUCGCUGGUGUCCUCGCUUCUAAACGAUAUGUCUAUGCUUCUUAUAAUAUUGAGAGGAAGAACCUCGAUAAAGCACUUCAAAUCACUCCCGGUAGAAGAGCAGCGACUGUUUCUCCGUUAGAUACAGAAGGCUGGGUAGCUGUUUCAGCUAUGGUAGAACGAAAAGAGGUAGCUAAAGUUAUGGAUGAAUUAGAAAGAACAGGUGCAGAGGAUAUAUUGAUCAUGGCUUUGGAUAAUUGUCGUGUCGGUGUCUAA